GAUUCUCCCCUAAUGAUCCCGCGCAGCCACGUAGCGCUCGCGCCGCCUUCACUCCGCGCGCGGGCAUAGAGAGCUCUCAGUCCGUCACAGCGCCGAGGACCGCACGCGCGCCUUCCCACUCACUCUGCCGGAAAGCGGCGGUUUCACAGCGGGAGCGGAGCACAGCGGGAGGAGCGGAGCACAGCGGGAGGAGCGGGGCACAGCGGGAGGAGCGGGGCACAGCGGGAGGAGCGGAGCACAGCGGGAGGAGCGGGGCACAGCGGGAGCGGAGCACAGCGGGAGCGGGGCACAGCGGCUGCGCUCUUUCUUUGUUUGUUUGUUUGUUUGUUUUUGUGUGAAGCGGCGAUGCAGCAGGAGGAGGAUGCGGGGCCGCGCUACGGCGCACAGGGCUCUGCUGCUCCGGACUCCGCGUCCAGACGAGCCGUUUCCGUGCUGCUGUCUUUCGGGAAAUGCCUCGGCGCGCUCCUGCCGGUCUACCUGGCCGGGUAUUUCGGCUUCAGCCUGGCUGUGGUGCUGCUCGGCCUCGCUGUGUUCAUGGGGUGGCAGCAGCACCGCGACAGAAAGCUUCAGCGCCUCAACAGCGCUUUGUACCUGCAGGAGAAUGAGCAAGAUUUCACCACGACACGAGUGUUCAAAAGCAUCCGGGAAUUACCUGCAUGGGUGAAUUUCCCAGACGUGGAGAAAGUUGAAUGGCUUAAUAAGAUCCUGAAGCAAGCCUGGCCUUUUGUGGGCCAAUAUUUAGAGAAACUUCUGGUGGAGACAAUUACACCCUCGAUCAGAUCCUCCAACGCUCAUCUUCAAACGUUUGGCUUCACCAAAGUCGACCUGGGUGACAAGCCUCUGAAGGUGGUUGGAGUGAAGGCCCACACUGAGCAUGAUAAACGUCAGGUGUUGCUGGACCUAUAUGUCAGCUACGCUGGCAAUGUGGAGAUCAAUGUCGAGGUGAAGAAGUUCUUCUGCAAAGCUGGAGUGAAAGGAAUUCAGCUGCAUGGAAAGCUCAGGGUGAUCCUGGAGCCAUUGAUUGGAGAUGUUCCUCUUGUCGGAGCUAUCACGAUGUUCUUCAUCCAGAGACCGAUGCUGAAUAUCAACUGGACAGGACUCACCAACUUAUUGGACAUUCCAGGUCUGAAUGCCAUAUCGGACACUUUGGUAAUGGACACUAUCGCCUCUUUCCUGGUGCUCCCCAACCGCCUCACUGUCCCUUUGGUGGCUGAUUUGCCCGUAGCGCAGCUCCGCUCCCCUCUGCCACGGGGCAUCGUGCGGAUCCACUUGCUGGAAGCCGAGAACCUGGCCGCCAAGGACAGCUAUAUUAAGGGCGUGCUCGCUGGCAAGUCGGACCCGUAUGCCUUGCUGAGGGUGGGCACGCAGAUGUUCACGUCACGCCAUGUGGACAACAACCUCCACCCGCAGUGGAGGGAGAUGUAUGAGGUUAUAGUUCAUGAAGUCCCUGGCCAAGAACUGGAAGUGGAGAUAUUUGACAAAGACCCUGAUCAGGAUGAUUUCCUCGGGAGGAUCAAAUUGGACUUGGGUGUUGUCAAGCAAGCACGAGUUUUGGAUGAGUGGUUCACUCUGAAGGAUGCACCGACUGGAAAGGUUCAUCUCAAGCUUGAGUGGCUUUCAUUACUGCAGUCUGCAGAGCGCCUUACUGAGGUCCUCCAGAAGAACGAGAACAUCACCACCUUCGGGAAGACUGCUGAUCCUCCCUCUGCUGCCAUCUUGAUUGUGUAUCUGGAUCGGGCCCAGGAGCUUCCUAUGAAGAAAGGCAAUAAAGAUCCUAGUCCUUUGGUGCAACUUUCUGUUCAGGAUACCACCAAAGAGAGCAGGACUUCUUCUGGCACUAACAACCCAGUGUGGGAGGAAGCCUUUACCUUUUUCAUCCAUGACCCUCGCAAACAGUCCCUUGACAUUCAGGUGAAAGAUGAUGACAGGUCUCUGUCUCUGGGUACUUUGUCCAUCCCUCUGUCUCGCCUGCUUUCUGUUGCUGAACUCAGCAUGGACCAGUGGUUCCAGCUGGAGAACUCGGGCCCUGCGAGUCGCAUCUACAUGAACAUCAUACUGAGGGUACUUUGGGUUAAUGAAGAGGGCAUUCCUACCUCACCUGUAUCCCCACUUCCCACUGAUCCAUUCUCUGGAGAAGGAGAAAAAGGUAUCAGCUCAGUUGUGACAUCAGGAGGGACCAAUACAUUACCCACACGUCCACAGCACACCAGCCCAGAUGCCAAUUUUGCCUCUGAGGGUGUUCUGAGGAUCCACCUGAAGGAGGCCCAGGCUCUCAUAGCUAAAGACAGCUUCAUGGGUGGCAUGGUGAAGGGCAAAAGUGAUCCCUACGUAAAGAUACGUGUGGGAGGGCUGACCUUCAAGAGCAGCGUCAUAAAGGAGAACCUCAACCCAGUCUGGAACGAACUUUAUGAGGUGAUUCUCACGGCACUCCCAGGCCAAGAAGUGCAGUUUGAUUUGUAUGACAAAGACAUGGAUCAGGACGACUUCCUUGGCAGGUUUAAGCUGAGUCUAAGUGACCUCAUUAGCUCCCAGUUUACUGAUCAGUGGUAUGACUUGAAUGAUGUGAAAUCAGGACGGGUUCAUCUGACGUUAGAAUGGGUGCCAAGAGUUUCAGACCCGACCAAACUUGAACAGAUUUUAUGCUACCAGUCUCAGCAGUCGUACAUGAAUAAAGUGGUGCCGUCUGCAGCCAUCCUCUUCAUGUAUGUAGAGCGAGCCCAUGGUCUGCCUUUAAAGAAGAAUGGAAAUGAGCCAGUAGUGGGAGCUGAGCUGAUUCUCAAGAAUACUUUCACCAGGAGUAAACUUGCUGAGCGCUCUACAUCUCCACGCUGGGAUGAAGCAUUCUACUUUCUGGUGAUUGACCCCAGAGAGGAAAUACUUACUGUCAAACUGUCUCACAGGUGGGGCCAGCCUCUGGGUUCACUGGUGCUGCCUAUAAAAAACAUACUAGAGGAGCCAGCCUUGGUUCUGGACCAGUGGCUUCCUCUGGAUGGGGCUUUGCCUGAAAGUGAGAUAUUGUUAAGGGCAGAGCUCAAGCUGCUUCACUCUAAGUUGGUGGAUGAUGACAGUGUUAUUAGUGGCAUUGAAGAGGUGGACCAUAGCAUCCCCAGCACUGAGGCAGAUGUUGCAGCCACUCAGGAGCUCAGACACAGGACAGCUCCCACCCAUGGAGGCAGAGAAGCUGGUGCUAGUGGACGGGGCCAGGUGAAACUCUCUAUUGUUUACUCAACUGAGGAGAACAGACUGGUCAUCAUUGUCCAUGGCUGCAGAAAUUUGCCACCAUGCUCCAAGGACGGCUCAGAUCCCUAUGUGUCCUUCACCCUCCAGCCGGAUAAGAACAGAAGCACCAAAAGAAAGACUAGUGUCAAAAAGCGAGACCUCAAUCCUGAGUUCAAUGAAAGGUUUGAUUUCAAUUUUUCCCUGGAGGAGGCCAUGCAGAGACGCCUUGAAAUGUCCGUCAAAAACAGUGGCUCUUUCAUGAGCCGUGAGAAAGAGACCAUUGGCAGGCUGCAGUUGGAUCUGAAUCAGAUCGACCUGAAGGCAGGGGUGUCACAGUGGUACGAUUUAACAGAUGAGACCAAUUAACCUGGCCUUUGUAUGCUUACGUGACAAUGCCUUCGCACUUGUACGUCUGUAUCUGCAUGCUGCUAAUGUCACUUUACCUGUAUAGCAUAGUGCAGUGGAGCAAAUGAAGGAGAAAAUGUUAUGUUGUAUUAUGUUAUGCGAUUUACUCUCUGUACUUGCUAUAUUUUCCAGCAAUACCAAAUACUUUUUGGACAGUCUGUAACUGUCAGUGCACGCCAGCAGAAUAAUUAUGUGCCAUUUUGACCCAAAGGGUACAAAUAAGUCUUGAUAGGAAUGAGAAACAUGCCAGAUAAAAGGACUGAAACACUGUUCCUCUAUGGUGAUCUUAAACAGACUUUCCUUGGCAAGGGUUAUUAUUUUAGCAUCAAAGACACAUUCCUUCACAAUUUAGCAUAUUAUACAGCUGGUCUCUUGAGAUUUUUUAACCACUACCUGUAUUUCCACUUAAAAGAUUUAUAAAAGCUUUAUUCCUUAAUAAAACAAGUAAAAGGCUUUAAACGAAUAUUAAUACCCCGUGAUGCACUCAGAAAAAAUAGAAGUAUAUUCAGUCAUCACCGGGGUGCCUUCAAGUACCUUUUGGAUCUUUCACGUGGAAAUAUGGAUAUAGUGUAACUUUAAAACUAUUUGAAGGCACAUAAAUGGUUAUUGGAGCUUUAAAGGAUCUGCAACAUGCAACUUUCUUGGUAAAAGAUACACACUCCAAUGACAAGGAAAGGUAGAGUUUCUCCUGAGAGUAUUAAUGUAGUGUUCACUUUGCUUAGCUUUAUGCUGUCUUAAUUGCCUUUGUGUUUGAAUAUUUUUUUGCCUUAAACAUGUUUGCUCACAGCUUGGGAAAUUUCUGUUCACUGUGCACUGAUGUCUGGAUGAAGGAGUUUCUUCAUGUGUGAAUAUCCAAAGUGUUGAAGAAAUCGAAUUGUAUCUGUUUCAGUUCCAAAUGAUUUAUCAAAAAAAAAAAAUCAGAAACAUAUCACUGUGCUUUUUCUUUUCCAAAACAGAUUUGAGAUCAUCGUAUGAGGACGAACUUUGUCGAAGUAUAUAUUAAGUUAUAUAUAUAUAUAUAUUUUUGUAUAAGUGCCAGCUUAUCACAAAAUAUUUUGAAGAAAGUGUAUGAAGUAAAGGUUCCUUGGGAGGAGACCAGAGAAGAGUGAUCAGAUUUGCAGUCUGUUGAUGCUGUCACUGAAAAUCUGUAUUGCAGCCGUUCUAUUAAAGAUACUCUUUGCACUUUAAA